GACAUGAAAAGGUGCAGGAGAACUGCAUUGAUCUUGUGGGUCGUAUCGCCGAUCGUGGUGCCGAAUACGUCUCUGCACGUGAAUGGAUGCGUGUUUGUUUUGAGUUGCUGGAUUUGCUCAAGGCACACAAGAAGGGUAUUCGACGAGCUUCUGUCAACACUUUUGGCUACAUUGCCAAGGCUAUUGGUCCCCAGGAUGUGUUGGCUACGCUCCUCAAUAACUUGAAGGUGCAGGAACGUCAAAACCGUGUGUGUACAACCGUUGCUAUUGCUAUUGUUGCCGAAACGUGUGCACCAUUUACCGUGUUGCCAGCAGUAAUGAACGAAUACCGAGUACCAGAACUGAACGUGCAGAACGGUGUUCUCAAGUCGCUCGCAUUUAUCUUUGAAUACGUUGGUGAAAUGGGCAAGGAUUAUAUUAUGGCUGUUACGCCGCUUUUAGAGGAUGCAUUGAUGGAUCGCGAUCUGGUGCAUAGACAGACCGCAUGUACCACGAUCAAGAACAUGGCCCUUGGUGUUGUUGGCUUGGGUUGUGAAGAACCAUUACGGCAUCUUUUGAACUACAUCUGGCCAAAUAUCUUUGAAACUAGUCCUCACGUAAUCAACGCAGUAAUGGAGGCCAUUGAAGGCAUGCGUGUUGCGCUUGGUCCUACGACGAUCUUGCAAUAUACCGUGCAAGGACUUUUCCAUCCUGCUCGAAAGGUGCGCGAAGUGUAUUGGAAGAUUUACAACACUCUGUAUAUUGGCAGCCAAGACGCAUUGGUUCCGGUUUAUCCCCGCAUUGAUGAUGAUGAGCGCAAUCAUUAUCAGCGAUACGAACUUGACUAUCUCAUUUAA